AAUUAGCGGGAAAUUCCAUCGAUAUACAUGUAUACUUUGAAAUUUCCCAGGCAAUUUCGUUGAAAUAUAACAAACUCGCAUAAAAUUCUCAAUGAUAACGCGAUAAAUUUUAGUGUUUUUUUAGCAUUGUGCUAAAACUCCAUUUCAAACACUUUUUGUGUUGAAUAUCAAUCAAGCGUUGACAAAUGAUUUUCGGUGCACUGCAAAACAAAACGGUUCCGUACUUUGAACAUCUAACGAAUCGAUUCAGAAGUUGAAAAAAAAAAUCAUUGCAGCUAAAACUGCGUAGACUUCUGUUCUCUGAUCGAGCCAAUAAGCGCUGUGGCAUUUUAUGUAUUUGGGACGCAAGUUAAUAAAUAUUCAUCAACUUUUUCGGUCAAAACGUGUGUCGUUAGCUAUUUUACUGCUACAUCUUCGGUGACACCACCUUCAGAUAAUUCUGGUUUGCAUCCAAAAAUUAUCAUAUAUUGGCUCUCGUACCUAGACACUUUUGGCUGUUGCCAUUAAAUUUCGUUGCUAUAUUUAACUGUUUCACAAAGAAAGAUAAUUCACAAUAGAUUGAAAACGUGUAAUCAAUAUCGUUGGCCAUUUUCACUAAACGCAUACACACAAAAUCCAGCAAAUUGAAUUAGGUUUUAUUCUAAUUGUUUGUAAUUCUAUGUGCCUAAUUUUGGAACGUGUCACAUUUUUCAUAUCGACAAUAUAAAUAAAGUUGUUUCACUAAGAUUCGUAAUUAGAAUAAAUUGGCUGUUGCCAUAAUGUAAUGUAUUCACGUUCGAUCGUUGUGCGUUGUAUUGAUAUUCGAAUCAUCAGUCUCUGUGUAUGGUAAUGGAGCGGCCAAGUGAAGGCUUACGUUGAUUUAUUACAAUAAACAAUAGAUUUAAAACACAUUCAUAUCUCUUCCAACGGUGUUAAAUUGAUAGACAAUCCGCAUGAAUUUACGAUUUUCAAUUAAAUGAUUCGGAUGAUGUCGCAUUUCAUUAUCAUUCAGGCAUUCGAUAGUAAAAUAAACAGUUUGUUAGCCUGAAUUCAAAUAAAAUAUCCGUAAAUUGAUAAUAUCUUGUGAGUGUCUUUCAGCAUUUGCGUCGGUUAAAUAAUCGAUACCGUUUUUCAGUCGCAUUAAAAAGAUCUUUUUCUCCUCACGAAUUCUUUGUUCAUUUGCCAUUCGUUGAAAUGGGUUUAUCCAAAAGUAGUAAAAGUUUGUAAUUUAAGAUUAAUCCACACUCAAAAUGGAAAUAUAAAAAACAGUCAAAACACAGAACGUCAUUUAGUCAAAACCGGUUGUUGUUGAAGAGUACACGUAAAAAAACCUAUUUCAUUAUCUGAACUGUCUGCUAAUUGAAUUUUUUUCCCAUUUCAAAAGUAUCAAAAUCAAUCAUCAGUCAUUGUAGCACUUUUUUCCAUACCGACUCUAUUAUACAGUAGUGGAAAACGAACCUGAACACAUUUAGAAAGGGAGAAGCUUCAAGUGAAUAAUUUCACAUAAUUUGUAUCAAUUUAUUCAUUACUCGGUUCGGAGCAAAUUUUUCCUAUCAAUAAAAAAAAAUACAUGUUAAAUAGGUGAGUUGUCUCAAUAUACACAGACGACAGAGAAUAUUUGAAAAACUAUAUUCACCACAGUUGCGAGAGAACUGUCAGUCAGUCGAGGUGUGUGUGAGUGUGUGCGUAUCUUUUUUUCUCUUACACCGAUACAACGGCAUGGUCGUUUCGCGCGUUUGACAGUUGUUCUAUUUGACUUUUUUUCUCAUCUUUUUCUGCGAGAACGAACGAAAUUGCAAACAAUUUGCAAUUAAAAUCACGCAAUUGGUGAUUAUUUUUCGACAAAUUACACAAUAAUUCGACAAUGGAAUAGAAUAAAUAAGAGAAUCAACGGAAAUUUAAGACACUAGUUAUAACCAAAAAGCAUUUUAUUUUCUCAGUUUACUGUAUAAAUGGAUUGUACUAGCUAUAGUUACAGUGCCGAUUUCAUUAUCGUGAACCAAAAGUUAAAAUCAUAGGAUUUCAAUCAAAAUAGUUGCAAAAGUGUAAAUAAAUAAGAAAAUGGGUGCAUCGUCGUCGUCAAGAAAAGAGGAACCGCAGGCCAGCGGUACGAGGAAGCGAAAUGUUGAUUUGUCGAGAUUUUCAGCACGGGUGGACAAUGUGAAUGUUGGUGGCCUUGGAAGAACAUAUGAUGAUUAUGUAAAUCGGGCGGUUCGGAAUCUCUUCAAAGCAAAAACAUUCAACGAAGUCGUCGUCGAGGUGAAAACAUCGAUGAAACAGUUGGAAGAGCUUGGCAUUUUCAAAUCAUUACGAGCUUCGAUUGAUAUAAGUCGGGGCGAAAAUGCCAACGAAAAUGGUUAUGAGGUGUCGUUCGAUGGUGUUGAACUAUCUCGACUCACCGGUAAAAUUGGCACCGAAAUUGGACAGAAUGAGGGUGCAGUUUCAGCCGAAAUUGCGUCGCCAAACAUUUUCGGUCGAGGUGAACGACUGGCAGUACAUGGCAGCUACAGCAAUCACAAAACUACUGACAUCAAUAUUAAACUAACAAAACCAUACUAUCACACAUUUUUGGGUGAUUUCAAACCAGAGACAUCAAUCAUCUUAUCAAAGUAUUCGGCGGAAUUUCCGUGGUCCAAGUAUCGAACAGACAAUUUAGCUUUGAUUUUGGAUGGAGCGUUCAUUUUGCCCGCACAAGUUCAUCACAAUGUUCAGCUCGAGACAUCAAUUAGAGAGAUUGGAUUGACGGGUCGUCAAGUGCCAUUGUUUUUGCGUAAAAACUGUGGACCCCGCAUGGCAACUAUCUUGCGACACACUUGCACAAUCGACGAACGUGAUAGCACAAUAUUCCCGAGCAGCGGCGUGUUUCUUCGUUCUACGCACGAAAUUGCCGGUCUGGCCGGUGGCAAUGUUGGUUACACAAGCCUCAAUACACAUGCUGAACUCAAUGUACCUUUGUUUGCUGGCAUUUCGGCACAAUUUUGUACGCGCAUCGCCCUACUGCGACCAGCAAAAAUGUCCCCACCCGUCCCGAUCAAUAGUUUAUUCACAUUGGGUGGACCACAAUCGCUACGAGGCUAUGUAAUGGCUGGAGCUGGUGAGCAUAUUGAUGGUGUUGCAACGGGAGCUCAUUCAUAUAUGGCGGCUGGUGCACACAUUUGGACACCGUUACCGUUCUUUAGUCGACAGGGAUUCGCCAAUCUGUUUCGGUUGCAUUUCUUUGUGAAUUGCGGUAAAACUGAUUCAUUUGUGCUGGAUGCCAAUAAUUUGGCCAGCUCCGUAGGUGUUGGAAUGGCGUUACGAAUGGGCGAACGGGCUCGAAUUGAAUUCAACUACUGCGAACCGCUCACAAACAGAAAUAGUCAAUUCUUUAGGAAAGGUUUUCAAUUUGGCAUUGGCUAUGAUUUCAUUUAAGCAAACCAAUUGAAUACAAAAAUAAACGCAUUAAAAUUUUGCAAACAGAAAAACUAGUUUUGUGUCAAAAAUAACAAACAAUUCCCGGAGAUUUCUAUCGCUUUUUAAAUUCGAUGUGCAUUUUGAGCAACGAGAGUUGACCUUACACACCAUAUAAGUAUUUUUUUGCCUCUGUAAAAUCAUUGUUAGACUUCACUUCAUCAAAUUUAUUGUGAGUGUUACAAGACAAACGGAUAAAACAAGAUGAAAACUGUACGAGAUUGAUAUUUUCGUUAAUAAAGCAAACUAUGAAAUGAAAAAAA